AUGUUGCGUAUCGUGAAAAAAUUAACUCCAAAAAUUCAGUGUCUGAAUUUUUCUUCAACGGCAAUACCAGAUCCACAUAUCAAACCCAAUGUUAUGUAUUCGGGUAUAUUUAUAAACAACGAGUGGCAUAAGUCUCAAGGCGGAAACACUUUUGAGACACUCAAUCCUACAACGGGCGAAGUAAUAACGGAGGUCCAGUACGCCGGUAAAGAAGAUGUUGAUCAUGCAGUCCAAGCAGCUCAAGACGCCUUUCAUAACAAUUCACCGUGGAGAACCAUAGACGCGUCUCAACGUGGCAGACUCCUUUACAAACUUGCCGAUCUCUUUGAAGAAAACGCCGCUUAUAUGGCUAGUUUGGAAACUUUAGAUAAUGGCAAACCCUAUUCGCAUUCUUUUAAUAUCGAUGUGAUGUCUUCUAUAAAUUUUCUACGUUAUUUUGCCGGUUGGGCUGAUAAGAACCAUGGCAAAGUGAUCCCCACAGACGGUCAAUAUUUCGCUUACACUCGCCACGAACCUGUCGGCGUCUGUGGUCAAAUAAUACCCUGGAAUUUCCCCUUGUUAAUGUUUACAUGGAAAAUUGCUCCUGCCCUCGCAAUGGGCAACACCGUCGUCAUAAAACCUGCCGAACAAACGCCCCUCACUGCUCUGUUCGCCGCCCAACUGGCCAAGGAAGCUGGACUUCCUCCAGGAGUUCUCAAUGUCGUGCCAGGAUUCGGUGACACAGGUGCUUUCAUAACAAGUCAUCCUGGUGUUGAUAAAAUCGCAUUCACAGGGUCCACCGAAGUUGGAUUGAAGAUCCAACAAGCUUCCGGACAGGGUAGGUUGAAGAGGACAACGUUGGAACUGGGAGGCAAAAGCCCCAAUAUCAUUUUGAGCGAUGUCGAUAUAGAAAAAGCCGUGGAGGCGGCUCACCAAGGGUUGUUUUUCAAUCAGGGUCAAGUAUGUUGUGCAGGGUCUAGGACGUACGUGCACAGCUCUAUCUAUGACGAAUUCGUCGAAAGGUCAGCAGAAAGGGCAAAGAAAAGGGUUGUUGGAGAUCCGUUCCACAUCCACACAGAACAGGGGCCGCAAGUGGAUCAAACUCAAAUGGAAAAAGUUCUCCGCUACAUCGACAUGGGCAUCAGCGAAGGUGCUGAGUUGAUUACAGGGGGAAAAAGACACGGGGACAAGGGCUAUUUUAUACAGCCCACAGUUUUCGCCAAUGUCGAGGAUCAUCAUACCAUUGCAAAAGAAGAAAUAUUCGGACCAGUUCAACAAUUAUUAAAAUUCCAAGAACUCGACGAGUUGAUCGAGAGGGCCAAUAACACCGAUUACGGAUUAGCUGCAGGCAUUUUCUCAAAUGAUCUGGACAAAGUGAAUUAUUUGGUGGCCAGGAUAAGAGCCGGAACGGUAUGGGUCAACUGUUACAAUGCCCUCGGGUCCCAGACGCCCUUCGGAGGAUUCAAGAAUUCCGGCAUAGGAAGAGAAGCCGGCGAAUACGGUCUUCAACAGUACACCGAAGUCAAAUCAGUUAUUACUAGUGUUUAUAAGAAAACUUCUUGAAUUUACCUCGUACGUGACGAGAUUCCUAUUAUUGUAUGUGUUUAAUGAUGUUAACGUCUUUCGUUUACUUUUGUGACUUGUGAAAUUGUUAAUUGCAAGUCAUUUGAAUAAAUUUAUAGAUUGUAAAUAUUUUUGUACUGUUUUUAAUUAAAAAUAAAAACAUCUUUUCAAUCUU